AUUUCGUUGCAAUGGCAGUCACAAGGUUUUUGGACUAGUGCCCGCCGCAGAAAAAUGCGAGACUCAAGAGAAGCACGUGCAGAGGGUGGUCCUCGGCACACUGCUUUCACGUGGCUCUAGCGAGCGCUAGUCUGGGGCAACAACAGGAGACCACAUCAGCAUAGCUGCGAGAUGGAACCCUCUGAUGUGAUCCGCCUGAUAAUGCAGUACCUCAAGGAGAACAACCUCUACCGAACACUGACCACCUUACAGGAGGAAACCACCGUCUCACUCAACACAGUGGAAAGCAUCGACAGCUUUAUUGCAGAUAUAAAAAGCGGCCACUGGGACUCCGUCCUGCUGGCUAUCGAGUCCCUCAAGUUGCCUGACAACACACUUAUUGACCUUUAUGAGCAGGUUGUAAUGGAGCUCAUUGAGAUGAGGGAGAUUGAAGCAGCUCGCUCACUCCUCAGACAGACUGACCCAAUGAUCAUGUUGAAGCAGACGCAGCCAGAGAGGUACAUUCAUCUGGAGACCCUGCUAACAUGCUCCCACUUUGACCCUUGUGAGGCGUACCCAAAAGGUGGCAGCAAGGAGAAGCGCCGCAGGGAAAUUGCCGAGGCGCUGGUAAGAGAGGUCAGCGUGGUGCCCCCUUCUCGCCUCAUGGGGCUCCUGGGACAAGUUGGUUCUCUAAAAAUACAACAGUGUCCGGGUUAUAUGUUCUCUGACAUGGCCAUCGACACAUCUGGCAACAAGGACAGACAUGUGGAGAAGGAGAGUUUUCCAACACAGCUGUACCGCCACAUCAAGUUCGGGCGUAGGUCACAUGUGGAGUGUGCCCGUUUUUCUCCCGAUGGAAAUUACUUAAUCAGCGGAUCGGUGGACGGGUUCAUCGAGGUCUGGAACUUUAACACUGGAAAAAUAAGUAAGGAUUUAAAGUACCAGGCCCAAGAUAGCUUCAUGAUGAUGGAUGAUUCUGUGCUGUGUCUGUGCUUCAGUCAGGAUACAGAUAUACUGGCAACUGGAGCUCAGAAUGGCAAAAUUAAGGUGUGGAAGAUCGAGAGCGGUUUGUGUCUGCGCAGGUUUGAACAUGCACACAACAAAGGUGUGACCUGUCUGAACUUCUCCAAGGACAACAGCCUGAUCCUCAGUGCCUCCUUUAACCAGAACAUCAGAAUCCAUGAGCUGAGGUCAGGCACGACAUUAAAUGAGUUGAGUGGUCACUCAUCGUUUGUGACUGACGCUUCUUUCACUCAAGAUGGAUUUCACAUCAUCAGUGCCUCCUCUGAUGGCACGGUGAAGAUUUGGAAUACAGAAUCCGGAAAAUGCAUCCACACUUACAAAAAUCUGUCCCAUACAUCAGAAGUUCCCGUCAACAACGUGAUUCCUCUGCCCCAAAACCCAGAGCACUUUGUGAUUUGCAACCACUCCAGCACGGUGGUCAUCAUGAGCAUGCACGGCCAGACUAUUAAGACCUUUAGCUCAGAUAGAGAGGAAAGGACCAAGUUUGUCUGCUGCACGCUGUCCCCCCGAGGGGAGUGGAUUUACUGUGUGGGGGAGGACUUAGUGCUGUACUGCUUCAACUACACGACGGGGAAGCUGCAGAAAACUCUGACUGUUCACGAAAAACAUGUAAUUGGCAUCGCUCACCACCCACAUGAGAAUCUGAUUGCCACUUACAGUGAGGAUGGACUCCUGAGACUUUGGAAACCUUAAACUGUCUCCUGCAUCGUGAUACAGAAGAGAGCUGGACAUGUGGGUAUAAAGCAAUUUAGUAAUUUCUAUGUAAUAAAAAAAGAUGGACUUAAAAAAACAAAUUCAUCACAAGGUACAUUAAGCAGCUGGUCUUGAGCUUUAAGAUCAUAUCAAAUUGAUGUUUAUGGUGAUGUUGUCAUGGAAGUGCAGUUGCAAAACUUCCAGCACUUAUUAUUGUCAACUUUGGCACAAAAGUUGAGGUUCCAAAUUAAUCUUUGACUUCCAUGGUCUGUAUUUAAGAUUAUUCCUUAUUACAAUCCUUCAUGUGCGGAAAAGCACAUCACAACAGCUACUUAACUGACCCUGUGGUAAAGUUGUGUCCUAUAUUCCUGAAAAAUAAACGUUGAACCUCAUUUCUGAAUGAAUUGUGGUCAUUUAUCUGUUGAUAAUUUAAUAAUGUCAACAAAUUUUAGUCACAGUGAAUGCAAGUUUUGUUACUUUGGAUGGUGGGUAAGAAAGAUUUUGCUGCAUAAUGAUAAAAUGUCAAAAUAAUAAAGAUGUCAAAUGAAAAUAUUCAAACGUGCUUUGGCCAGAUAUAUAUUCUUUAUUUCCUAUUGCCAAUGAAUCCCAUGAAUAGACCAUAACCACCUAUAUUUCCCCUAUUUUCCUACCAUGUUUGAGGCACCUUAAAGUUUCUAAUAGAGAUUUGCAAAAAAGUAAAAUAUUUGUUUUUUCAACAAAUUAUUACCCAAAAUGUCAAUAAUGUAUUUGUUGGGGACUGGAUUUAGCUGCGAAUAAUACACAUUUGGUGCUCUGAGUAUAAACAGCAGAAGCAUGGUGCAUGUAGGUUGGCCUCUUAAUAAACUACAGUACCCAUGUUCAUGGUAAUAUAUGAACAUGUUCCCUACUGCAACUCUGUCGCUCACUGAUGUGGUUUUAGUUUUUGGACAAAAAUAAAAGUUAAAGGCACAGAGAAAUGCUCUGUCUUUUGAUCCACGGGUGAACGAGGGAGCAGGUUGGUUUUGGUCUUUUCAAUUUAAAACUAAAGAAUAUCACAAAGUAUUCUUUAAGCGUAGUGUUAAGCUAAUGUAUUAGCUCUGGGUUUUAAUUGAAAUAUAUUUUUACGAAAAAGAUAUUUGUCAAUUGUUUAAACAAUAUUUUUUAAAAAUGGUCUCAUAUAUGUUCAAUAAUGUGUAAGGUUUUUGCUUUAUAAGUGUUAAAUACUGGACCUUCAUACUGGACGCACACACACACACACACACACACGCACACACUUCCCUGUGAACCUAUUUCACCAGUGCAGUUUAUAUACUCACUUUCAUCUCUUCUGUCUUUAUUAGACAAACAUGUGCAUGAUGGUGAACUGUUGUGGAAAUAUAAAUAAUAAAAAAUACCUUGUUUUUGGCUUAAACAAACAAUAUCAGGUAAAUGAUUUCUCAGCUUUUGUUUAUAAUAAUACUUUUGUAACUUUGAUUCAGAAGAAAUGUGUUUGUCCUCUGUACUCCCCGCAUGCUACCUCAUGAACUGUCUAAAUGUGGCUCUACAAUAAUGUUUUUGGUGAAAAUCUGCAUGAUGACUAACGAUAAACCUCAAUGGAGCUCCAGUGACACAUUCUGUAACCUGUAUGUAAAUAAUGAAUGUAUUUAACUUGUUAAGUUUUGUCGUUCUGCUGCACUGACUCUGAAAUGUGUUGCUGUGCCUCAGUUUGCCUGUUGCCAACCGGUUUUUAUUAUUUGUACUACAGUAUUUACUCUUUUCUAUCGUCUCAUCAUCCAUAUUCUAUUGUUGCAAUAAUAAUGUUUACUCAUCACACUGUACUUACAUUUUUAUUGUUACACAUAUUACUGCCAGUUAUGUUGAUGAUGAAAAUACAUAGAAUUAAAGAUCCUUUAUAGAUGCCAUCA